UCUCACCUCUGCCUGCCUAUGUCUAGCUUUGCUGGCGGCAAGGGGAAGAUCAUCCACUACCUCUACGUCACUGACUUCAUCUGCUGCGUGGCCGUGGUGUCCGUCUCAUACAUCAUGAUCGCUCAGGCCCUGCGGAGGAACGCCCAGAUGAGGAAACGCCCACCUAUGGUGGCCGUGGAUGCCUCCAGACCACAGCCCUUCAUGGGACCCUCGGCUGCUGGGGCUGGGGAGGGCACGCAGAGGGCUGUGCCCGCCUUGUACAGGAACCAGAGCUACAGCAAGCCGCAGCACAUCCAGACACACGGCUACACCAAGCACCUUGGCCAGCUGCCAGCCACCGCUGCCAGCCGGCUCCAGCUGGUGUCGGCGGUCAACCUGUCCACAGCCAAAGACUCCAGGGCAGUGGUGACGUGCGUCGUCAUCGUGCUCUCCGUCUUGGUCUGCUGCCUGCCCCUGGGCAUCUCUUUGGUGCAGGACAUGCUGUCCAGCAGUGGUGGCUUUGUUCUCUACCAGUUUGAGUUAUGUGGAUUUACUCUUAUUUUUUUCAAAUCUGGAUUAAAUCCUUUUAUAUAUUCCCGUAACAGUGCUGGACUUCGGAGACGAGUCUUCUGGUGCCUGCAGUACGUAGCCCUUGUCUUUUUCUGCUGCAAGCAGAAAACAAGGCUUCAGGCUAUGGGCAAAGGCAGCCUUGAGGUCAACAGGAACAAGUCGUCCCACCAUGAGACCAAUUCAGCGUACAUGUUGUCUCCAAAACCUCAGAAAAAAUUUGUGGACCAAGCCUGUGGUCCUAGUCACUCCAAGGAAAGUGUGCUGAGUCCUAAGGCUUCUGUUGGGCAUCAGCACUAUGCACAGAGCAGCUCAACCCCCAUGAACACCCGAAUCGAGCCCUAUUACAGUAUCUAUAACAGCAGCCCUUCCCAAGAAGCGAGCACCCCAAAUAGCUUACAGCCAGUGAACUCGACUUUCGGGUUUGCCAAAUCCUACAUUGCCAUGCAUUAUCACACCACCAACGACCUGGUGCGAGACUAUGAUAGUGCUUCAACUAAGCAGAUACCAGUGCCCUCGGUGUAA